CGCUAGGGCCGGCCGUCGUUCCAAAUUCGAAAAUUCGAACUUUGCAUUCGAAAUCGAACUUUGUAUUCGAUAUUCGAAAAUUUUAGUUCGAAACGCGAGUGCUUUGUUUUCAGUGCUUCGAAGUGAUUGGUUUCGACUUUCGAGAAGAAGACAAAGAGUCCAGCUAGUUCGUUCUACCAAAAAAUGCGGGCCAGUUCAACGUGACAGUUCGAGUGCAACCAUCGAGAUGUCGCUCAAAACGCUCACAAACAACACCAUCGCCAAGGCCUACAACCAUCUGUUUGUGGAGCUUGCAGAUCCUCGCACAAACGAUUGGUUCCUCAUCACCAGUCCGAUCCCCGGGCUGACCAUACUCUACCUAUACUUGAAGUUCGUACGAACAUGGGGCCCUCGGUACAUGGCCAACCGACCGCCCUUCCAGUUUCAGAAGACCCUGAUCGUGUACAAUUUCUUGCAAGUUCUUGUUAGCUGCUGGUUGUUUCAUGAGGGUUUAGAUGCGGGCUGGUUGCGAACCUAUAGUUGGAAAUGCCAACCCGUCGACUUCUCAGAUAGCCCGGAAGCGAUGCGAGUGGCCCGAGGAGUCUACGUAUACUUCCUAGCGAAGAUGUCUGAACUCCUCGACACGGUGUUCUUCGUACUGCGCAAGAAAGACCGACAGAUCACUUUCCUGCACAUGUACCAUCACACCGUCAUGCCCAUGAUAUCCUGGGGAGCGACUAAAUACUACCCCGGCGGGCACGGCACGCUCAUCGGCGUGAUCAACUCGUUCGUCCACAUCAUCAUGUAUUCGUACUACAUGCUGGCCGCCAUGGGGCCUAAGUACCAGCGGCUCUGCUGGUGGAAGUCCUACAUCACUACUUUACAAAUGAUCCAGUUCUGCAUAGCAUUCCUCCACUCCUCGCAACUGCUCUUCUAUGACUGCGGCUACCCUCGCUGGUCCGUCGUCUUCACUCUCCCCAACUCCAUCUUCUUCUACUAUCUCUUCUGGGACUUCUACGACAAGGCCUACAAGAAGCCAGACGCCAAUGGAGUCAAGGAAAAUGGCGUCAAAACUCAUAAAAAUCAGAGCAAUGGGAUUAAGAAAGUGAAGUGAAAUGUGUAUUUAUCGCGCACAAAAAAGUCAAGGUUUUUUUUUACUUGACUCUUAAUUAUCUUAUAAAAUAUGGGCAAUUCUAUUUCAAUUUGUACCCUCAACCUGCACUUUAGUUUUUGGAUUUUUUAUAUUUUUUCCAUUUGGAGUCACGACUGUCAUGAGCUCUUCCGAAACUUUUAAUAGGAGGAGAGAAAAGAAACCGUUUUCAAACUUUCUUGUCCGGUGUGUUACGCUAAUAGAUAGUUGUAAAAAAAGUGACCGAAAUGUACAAGUAAAACGACGAGGACAGAUUUUUUAGUUAAAUUGAAAAUGCUUGUCCACUACCACUAAACUUUUAGGUACAAAAACAAAAACAAAUGCCCAAAUGUGGCCCAGAUGCAAAAGGUAGGUCAAAACGUUUUUUUCUGAGUAAAGGGCUCUAUGGAUCAAUUGAAUGAUAAUUUAUUUUCAGUGUUUUUGGUAACGUCCGAUGUAAUGUUGAGCGAAAUUAUGAACUGAAAAUUGCAUAAAACAUUUUCGGAAUAAAUUAAAAAUAUUUCCAAGACUGUAGCGGGAAAUAUUAUAAAAUAAGUCACGAUUUAAAUAUUGCUUAAACCUGUUCACAAUAAUACUUAUAUACGCCAUGUAGAAUUGUAAAUAUGUUAUUCAAAAGUUUUCAUUAAGAAAGCACAAUUUUAAUUUACAUUGUACAUAAAGGCAUUUUCAGUAUACAUUAUAAAGCUUUUAAUAGAAACGCAUGCUCAAAGUACUUAUUUAAUUGUAUUAUUCAUACGUAUAUCGAGCUAAGGUCAAGAGAGAUAAGAUUGACAUAGUUUGUUACCCGGGACAAAACAAGAGUGACAUUUUGAUUAUUCUUAUCCCAGUGUCUGUCUUACCCCAUGCUUAUUAUUUCACUGUGUAAAACUGGACAGUUUGAGAAAAUCAUAUAAAGUACAGCGGGAAAAUUUCGACUUGCAAAUGCAACUGAUCCAUUUUUUUCCGUGUUUUACAAUAUUUGCAUUAUUAAUUAGAGUGUCCACUGGUUUUAUAUGUGGCACUCACCUUAAUAGUGUAAUAAUGGAAAAAAUGGAUCAGUUACAAUUGCCCCCCCAGUCGAGAUUUGCCCCGCGGUACCUUACACAGAACUUCUAUAAAUACUUACCUAAACGUAGGAUAAUAUAAGGAAUUGUAGAUAGAUUUUUAAAUAUACUAAUGUUUACAAAUUCUUCCAAAGCGGGAUACAGGACUCUCUGCCUAUAGGAAUAAGGUGUUCUGUAGGGAAUUGCUAUCAGAAAUUAUAUAGGCGAAUGAUAAACCAAUGUAUUUUAUGACUGGGUUUAUUUUUCUCUUUUUAUGUGUACUUAGGCCAUUUUUUUUUCAAAGUUGUUCACCCCUCUUUUUUGUAACAUGGCUGUUUUUUACGCUAUUCAUACUCAGAAUCGCGAUGUCUUUCGAUCCUGA